CUUCAGGACUUCCCUAGUAAACACCCGAGUCCUACGCUCAGGAUUUUUACGGUGCGUUCUCGCUCUGUCGCCACGCUGGGGGCCUGUGUGUCCUAUUGGGAAUGACGGAAUGCAGAACGGAGAAAUGUGACGCUCCCUGAGCGACCGGGCCCGCCCACGCGGAAGACUGGGUGGGGCUUGGGCCUGCGCGUGCGCGGCGGACGUGCACGUGGAGCCGCCGCGUUUCGCUGGUGGCGGGCCGAUGUUGUUGGCGGUCGCGGGGAGGCUCUUGGACUGCGCAGGACGCCGGUGCUCAGGCGCCGGAGCGCCUCUGCUGCUGCCUGUCUUUUCAGGUCCAGUCCCCGGAGUCAGGAUCUGACGCUCCUAAUCGUCUGCAGCUGCUUCCUCGUUUCCUUUUUUUCCACUGCUAGGCGCUGGAGUUCACUGUCUGCUUUGCCUGCAUUCCCUAGUAUCUGUAAAAUUCUCUAGGAUCUCUGUCGCAGAGACCCUGAACUUCAUUUAAUAGUGUUUCUGGGAGACCCUCAUCUUCCUACUUCCUUUGGAAGGAAUCCCGAUAUUGGUUGUGUCGGUCAUUGCCUUUUCCUGACCCUCAGUAAGGCCGCUGAAUACCCGGGUUUAAAGUGAACCAUUUUUAUUACCUGCUGAAGCCAAUGACAUUUUGCUUUGAGCAACAAUUAAUGGUCUGGUGCAUCAAGGAGAAUCCGUUACAUAUAUCAAAAGUGAAUCUCCAUCUUGCUGUCUCUUGGUUGCAGAGCACUUCAUUCAUUCUGUGCUGUUUGCAGGGUUUUCAAGAUGGCUGCAGCCCCUCAAGCACCAAGGAGGGGAUCUGUUCGGAAGACAAGACCUCUGGUUGUAAAGACAUCACUGAACAACCCGUAUGUUAUCUCCUGGAGCACCUUGGAGAGGGAAGACAUGCACUUUAUAUUACAGACACUUAAAGACAGGCUUAAAGCUAUCGGACUUCAGAAAAUUGAAGAUAAGAAGAAAAGGAAAAAAGCAUCUUUUGUAAACAAGCAAAGCAGAGAAAGACUUGGCCCAGAUAUCAAGGUUAGUGAGGAUGCAAAGGAGAAGCAGCCUGCUGCUAACUCACAGGUGUCAGGAUGGACACCUGUGCAUGUCAGAAAACAGCUGGCUAUUGGUGUUAAUGAGGUCACCAGAGCCCUGGAGAGGAACGAAUUGCUCCUGGUUCUAGUGUGUAAGUCAGUCAAGCCUGUCAUCAUCACCUCACACUUGAUUCAGCUGAGUGUAAGCAGAACUGUCCCUGCCUGCCAGGUCCCCCGGCUCAGUGAAACGAUUGCCCCAGUCAUUGGCUUAAAAUGUGUGCUAGCCUUGGGCUUUAGAAAGAAUACCACCGACUUUGCUGAUGAAGUGACAGCCAUCCUUCCCAGGGUGCCCACCUUAAAUGUGCCAUGGCUUCAAGACAAAACUGAGGAUCCCAAAGAUGGUUUAGAGACUGAAUCUUUGGAAAACCAAGACAAAGAUAGUUUGGACACUUCAUUUGAAGACCUUAUGAAACUUAGUAAGAGCAAGCUUGCUGAAAGCAGAAAGCCUUUGGCUGCAACAUUACAACCCCUUAAAAUAAAGAAACUGAUUCCUAACCCUAAUAAGAUAAGGAAACCACCCAAGGGUAAAAAAACUAUUUCAAAGUAGUUUUGUGUAAACUUAUUUCAUGUAAUUUGUAAAAGGACACUGUAAAUAAGCCUUGAAACAAAGUGAAUUGUUUAUAUAUAUAUAUUCCUUUUAAAAAUACUUUGUUUUUAUGA